GCACGGACCCUGCAAUAACUUCGGAGAAGAACAUUAGUGCAGAAGUUAAUGCGGAAGAGAUAAAUGAAGACACAGGGGAUGACAGUGUAAUUAGGGUAGAGAUGUCUCAGGGCACCGUGCUGAAGGGGUGUCUCCUCUGCAAGAUGCAGGCUAUGAUUACAAACCCUAUAUAAGACCUCCGACAGCCGAUACGCUUUACACUGUGCUCCCGAAGCUCAGCUGUUCCUAUUGCUGACCCAGGCUGACUCAGGUUUGCAGGGAGAUGGCCCAGCUCCAGGAAAACAUCAUCGGCAUCAUCUCCACUUUUUCUACGUAUGCCCGGAGAGACGGGGACUGCAGCACCCUGGGCAAGGGGGAGCUGAGGCAGCUCAUCCGGCAGGAGUUUGCGGACGUGAUAGCGAACCCCCACAACCUGGAAACUGUGGAGAAGGUGCUGUGCUUCCUGGACGAUGACAGCAACGACAGGGUUGACUUCAGUGAGUUUCUCAGUCUGGUUUUCCGUGUGGCCAAGGCUUGUUACAAGGAGCUCAGGCAGUGCCAGAGACUAGAAAGCGGUCAAGAGCCGACAGCCCAAGAGGAGGCAGGCAGCGAGCAGCAGCCAGCGGGGCCGCACGCAGCCGAGAGAGUCUCCCACUGCCACCAGGUCCGAGAGAAGAGGGCGAACAAUCAGGUCCAGGAGGCUGAGACCCCAGACACCCAUCAAACACAGGAGGCUGAGAUGCAAGAUCAGGAGCCAGACAUCCAUCAAACCCAUCAGCCUGAGACACCAGAUUGGGAGCCAGGCACCCGGCAGGCUGAUGGGACCGAGGCACCAGAAUGGGACCCAAAAAGAGGUGAGAUCCUGCAGUUUGAGACCGCAGAGCAGAACAGAAAUACCUGUCAGGCUGAAGAGAACGGGACACCAGAACAGGACCCAGGAACCCACCAGGCCCAAGAGACCGAAACACCAGAACAGAGUCUGAACAACCAUCAGGCCCAGGAUGCUGAGACACUAGAAAACACCUCGAGCAGCCAUCAGGUCCUGGAGAUGGAGUCAGCAGAGCAGGACCUGAAUUGUCCCUCUGAGACACCUGGGAGAGACACAAGCGAUGAGAACCAGGUACGCGAGGCCCCUCAGCAGGACCCCAACCCCGGCGAGGCCCAGAAGCUGCAGCUCCUGGAGCAGGAUGUGAGCCCCAGCGAGGGUGCUGAGCCCCAGGAAACGCACCAUGACCUGGCUCUCCGUCAGAGCCACGAACCCGAGGUGCUGGAGCAGGAGCUCAGCGGUGGUGAUGAACAGUUUUGUCCAGCACAAGACCAGCAAGACGAUGGUGGCCAAAGACAACCUGCUGCAGAGCAAGCAGCUAGGUCAGACGCAUACUCCUGUAAGUCCCAAAAUCUUCAGCCAUUUCUUUAUCAGUGGCCACCACAGCAAUAAAGGCAAAAACAAUCCCUCUUGUAACCAAGGCAAAAAAGGCAAUAGUAAAUAUGAAAUGCUGGUAUACGUUUCUUUCCACUUGCCAUGGUGUGAUUUAGGGCAAGUGUCCCCACAAACUUUCCCCUGCUUUAGCUAGCUGAACUCUUCUGAUCUGCUUGGAGCUCGUCCCCUGCAAGGAGGUACAUUUUGUCCAGUUUCACCAUGGUUUGCCUUCCUAUUUGUCAUAUCUUGUCUAACUCCUUAUUAACCCUGGGCUUCACAUCCCUGGUCUGUACUGAGCUAUUCAAUAGCUAGAGACCUUCUCUUUUACUUCUUGUUGGGCUGCCUUUGCUUAUGUAAUAGUAAAACUGAAGGAAAAUGA